AAUUGGCAGUGGCUCCCCAGCUUCUUCCGUCCUCGGGGAAAGGCGUCCUAAGGCCGGGAGAGCAGCACUCUUAGCGGGACAAGGGCCGGCAAAGGGGCUGUCGACGCGCCCUCUCCGGAGACCUCCGGGACGCCGGCCGCACCCACCGAGUGGCCGCGGAGGGCCGGGGCUGGGAAGGGGCCUCCCAUUCCCCGACGGGAGGCGGAGCGAGGCGCGGUGGGGAUCGCCGCCCCCAAAGGCCGGGGGUCGAAGCCGAGGCGGGGCCUGCCAGGCCAGCUUCGCCCGCUGGAUCCCGACGCGCUGCUUCUCUCCGUCGCCGGCCGCUGCUAGAGGCGCCUCCUCGCUCGCUCUGCCGCCGCGGUGCCCUCGAUCCCCAUCCAUGGCUGCAGCGAGACGGGCGUUGAUCGUGCUGGCCCACCAGGAACCGGGCUCGUUUAACCACGCCUUGCAGCGGGCGGCCGUCGAGGCGCUGGAGAGCGGCGGCUGGAGCGUGGCCGUCUCGGACCUCUACGCGCAGCACUUCCAGCCGGUCCUGUCGCGCACGGACUUCGCCGGCGACCCCGACGACCCGCGCAACCUCAACUACGCGAAGGAGGCCGGGCUGGCCUGGAAGGAAGGCCGCCUUAGUAGCGACAUCUUGGGCGAGGUGGACAAGCUGGCAGCCGCCGACCUCGUCAUCUUCCAGUUUCCUCUGCAGUGGUUUGGCCUCCCAGCCAUCCUGAAAGGCUGGUUCGACCGGAUCCUCAUCCAGGGCUUCGCCUACUCCUACGGCGCUAUGUACGAUCAGGGGCCCUUCCAGAAGAAGAAGGCUGUGCUGUCCUUCACCACUGGCGGGAUGGACUCCAUGUACACCCCAGCAGGCAUCAAUGGAGACAUUAACAUCCUGCUCUGGCCGAUACAGAGUGGCACCCUUCAUUUCUGUGGCUUCCAAGUCUUGGCUCCCCAAAUUGCCUUCAGCGUCGGUCAGCACACUCCAGAGGACGUCCGCUCCCAAAUCCUGGAGGACUGGAAGAAGAGACUGGCAGCCAUCUGGGAAGAAAAGCCUCUCAGCUUUGCCCCAAACAGCGUUUUUGAAUUGAAUUUUGCUAAGGGGUUUGUGCUGAAGAAAGAUGUCCAGGAAGAGCAGGAAAAGGAGAAAUACGGGCUGACUGUUGGCCAGCACUUGGGGAAGCCAUUCCCACCAGACAGCCAGGUCAAGGCCCAGGAGAAGUAAUUGUCCCAUUGGGAAGCUGUGUAGGAUUGCAGUGGCCAUGAGCCCACUUCUCCCUCUCCCCUGCAGGUGCAGGGAAAGGGGCUUCUCCUCAACGGGGCCUUGCCUGAGUGCCCAGCUAAGGCAAUGUCGGAUCCUUUAGGCAGGUUUUCCACCCAACUCUAUUCUUUCUCUUAGUGGUGUAAUUGGGGCUUCGAUUGCCUUGAAGGGCUGCCCGCCAAUGGGACCAGAGAAGUCUGCUAGCAUUGCUUCAGCAUUCGCGUUGCCUAAAACCUGGGGGUCUUUUCUCUUUGCAUAUUUAGAGUGCUGUCAGUGCCUGCUUUUUAAAUCCCAAAUCCAACUGCUGAGACUAAUCUGUCAGAUGUUAGGUAGGAAGUGAUCAUUGCCCCUCCCUUUCUGUCUGUAAAUGUUCUUAGUGAAAUAAAAGCCCUGAAUAUGUACGUUG